AUGAAGCUUUUCAAUCUGAUUGCGAACUUGGCGGUGGGUGUUUCUGUCAUCUCUGCGGCUGCUAUCACUCAAGUAUCUAAUUAUGGAGGAACUGCUACUUCGAAAGCUCAGAUGUGGGUGUAUGUCCCCGAUACGGUCAAGUCAGACGCCCUCGUGGUAGUCAUCCAUUCUUGCCAAUCAACAGCACAAUCGUAUUCCAGAAACUCGAAGAUUCCCAGCCCCAACAGCGGAACAUGUUGGGAUGUCUCAAGCAAAUCCUCGCUUUCUCACAAUGGCGGUGGAGAUUCGAAUGCGAUUGCCAACAUGAUCACGUACGCUCUUGACAAAUAUAUGCUCAAUGCGACCCGGGUAUUUGUUACUGGAGGAUCAUCUGGAGCAAUGAUGAGCAACGUUCUAGCAGCCACCUACCCUGAGAUGAUCUCCGCAGUGUCUCUCUACUCCGGCGUAGCAGCAGGAUGUUUCGUCGGCAGCGGAGUCGAUCAAUGGAACAACGCCUGCUCGGGUGGCCAGUCUACAGCCACCCCAGAGAAGUGGGGAGAUACGGCUCGAGCAAUGUAUCCAGGCUACAACGGCACUCGACCAAGAAUGCAGAUCUGGCACGGAUCGGCUGACACUACUCUUGCUCCGCAGAAUUAUCAGGAAGAGUUGAAGCAAUGGACGAACAUCUUUGGGGUGAGUAUGACGGCUACGGAUGAGAAGAAGGAUACGCCUGACAAGGGGUAUACGAUGAGUGAUUAUGGACCGAAUGUCGAGGGGAUUUAUGCUCAGGGCGUGGGACAUUCUGUGCCGAGUCAUUUGGCGGCUAGCGAGGCGUGGUUUGCGUUGCCGUGA